GAAAAAUAAAAAAAAGUUAAAAAAAAAGCAAAUCACAACUCAAAAUAAACAAAACUAAAGUGGGUUUCGUCUUAAAUUUUCAGUUUCAGUUUUAUCGCAGAUCUUCAACUAACCAAUCCGCGUCAUGGUAGAGGCAACGAGUGAUCUCUUACCAUCUUCAUGUGAGGGAGUAGAUAGCAAGUGGGUACUUGUAACUACACUUGACGAUGACGCACUUCUCAGCUCCUUAGCUCACUGUUCUUUAUCUGACUUCAACUCCAUCGCCUUAACGAGUAGAGCCUUCCGCUCAUUUGUUAAGGACAAGGCUCUGUAUCAGCUGAGACGUGCAAAUGGUAUUGUGGAGCAUUUGAUCUUCUUCUCCUGCAGACGCUCGGAAUGGGAAGCUUAUGAUCCUAACAGAAACCGUUGGCUAUCUGUACCGAAGUUACCACCAGUCAACGACUGUUUCUGUCCUGAAAAGAAUUCUCUAGCCGUUAGUACAGAGCUUCUUGUGUUCGGUAAUGCAGCUACGCCCCAUUUGAGUUACAAGUUUAGUAUCUUGACCAAUGAGUGGACGUGUGGUAGGAAAAUGAAUACUCUUAGGAGCUUGUUUGGUUCAGCGAGUCUAGGUGAGGUCGCGGUUGUAGCUGGAGGGUGUGACAGAUGUGAGAAGAAGAUAUUGAGCUCUGCUGAGAUUUAUAACUCGGAGUCGGAGACCGGAGAAUGGAGGGUUAUUCGGAGCAUGAACAAGGCGAGGAUGAUGUGUUCAAGUGUGUUUAUGGAUGGGAACUUCUAUGUUAUUGGAGGUAUAGGAGAGGGAAGCUCGGGGAUGCUUACGUGUGGUGAGGUCUAUGAUAUGAAGAAGAAGACAUGGACAUUGAUACCUAACAUGUUAUCAGAAACAAGCAGCGGUGGAGAUCAGACAAAGGAGACUUUCUUUGCAGCUCCACCGAUUGUAGCGGUGGUGAAGGACGAGCUCUAUGCUGCGAACUACGCGCAGCAAGAGGUGAGGAAGUAUGAUAAGAGAUGUAACGUAUGGAACAAAGUGGGGAACUUACCAGAGAGAGCUUCUUUUAUGAAGGGUUGUGGGAUGGCGUUUAGGGCUUGUGGGGAUAAGUUAGUGGUGGUUAAAGGGCCUACAUUUGGAAGAGGGCUUAUAGAGAUCAGUGCUUGUGUCCCAAGGGAAGGUGAGUCUCUGCAUUGGAGAGUUCUAGCUUCAAAGGAAACAGGAAACUGUGUGUAUAAUUGUGCUGUUAUGGGAUGUUGAGAAAGACUUGAGGGAAAAGUUAUUGAUUUCUUUAUUAGGGUUCUUACUUGUUAUUGGCAUUAUUGUUGUUCAGACGUAUGAUCUGGUGAAACUGAACAAGUUUCAAUAAGUUUUAAGAACAAACCUCAUGCUGUUUAAUCUCACAACAUUGUAAUUUGAUUCUAAUUAGAGCAUGGAGUUUCUUUAAUAAGAGUUGAG